AUGUGCAUUGUUCUCCUUACCACCACCCACCCCGACUAUGCUCUCAUCGUCGUCGAUAACCGAGACGAGUUCAUACUGCGCCCGACAUCCCGCCCGCACUGGUGGUCCCAUCCGUCCGGUGCCUUGGUCCUCUCCUCCCGGGACCUCCAAAGAGCGGAGAAGGGUACUUGGCUAGGCAUCACCAAAACAGGCCAGCUCGCCGUUCUCACAAAUUAUCGCGAAACCAGCACCCAGGAUGCUGAACAUCCCAUCCACGCCGCUCGCAGCCGCGGCGGCAUGGUCACGGCCUGGCUGGGGUCCGACCCUGCGGAGCCUGCCUCGAAAUCGGUAGACCGCCUCGUCAAGAACGGAGGAGUCAAAGGCGUCGGCGGCUUCUCCAUGGUCGCCGGCAAGCUGAAGCGCAAAUGCGGCAGCGACGAGAAGCCAGGGCGCGCGCUCGAAGGCAUCGCCAUCGUCUCCAACCGGUGCGACGACCUUCAGGACGUGCCCUGGAUCGCGGAGCAGCGUGACGAGGUCUACGGCCUCAGUAACACCGGCUACGACGACCCCAAGCCGUGGCCCAAGGUCGAGAACGGAAAGCGCCUCGUCAAGGAGGCCAUUCAGGAGGCCGUUGCCCAGAAUUUGGACGAGAACGCCCUGGCCGAACGCCUCUUCAAGGUGCUCGAUACAGACACGUUGCCCAAGCAUCCCGACAUGGGCCUGGCGGACUACAUCAAGGAGUUGAAGCAGUCCAUCUUUGUACCUCCCCUGGGGGACGAUAAUCACCGCAAGGCCAUGGAGGACGCUGUUUCGAGGGGGCCGGGCCAGUGGGCUACCGAUGACCAAAAAGCCGCCGAAGGCCUGCAGCUAGGCGAGCGACCAGAUCCGCCGGCGCAGGCUAACAUGGGUUUCGACGUGGGUUUAUAUGGUACGCAGCGGCAGACCAUCAUUAUGGUCGACUGGGACGGUAACGUCGCGUAUCGCGAGAGGGCCCUGUGGGAUGGAAACGGAAAUCCAAUUGAGAGAGGCCAGGGUGACGAGGUGUUCAAGUUCAAGAUUGAGGGGUGGGAGAGCUAA